GAUGCCAACGACAACGACGACGACGAAUGCGAGCGGCAGCAGGGCUUGCGGGAGGAGCAUGACGGCCGCGAUGUCGCUGGUAUUGCUGCUGGCGCUGCUCGGCCGGCCGUCUCCGGCGACGGCGCAGCUUGGGGACGCCCACAAGUGCCGCGACACGUGCCUGGAGGGGUGCACCGGGUGGGUGGUGGUGUGCCACAUGUCCUGCGCCAGCGCCUGCGCCGGGGCCGGCGGCAUCGGCAUCAUGAGCAUCGACAACGGCAUCCCGCCCGACCACCCCAACCCCGACGAUCUCCCCAAGCCGCCGCCGCUGCCGGACCUUCUUCACCCCCUCCGAGGAGCCGGCGGCAUCGCCUUCAGCCCCGCGCCGUCACCGGCAGCAUCAAAAUCAUCAUCGUCGUCGUCGACAUCGGAUGAUGAUUAAGAGAUUACUAGGCAACUAGUUAAGCACUAUCCAUAGAUUGGUUGCAACAAGCAAGCAUAUAUUCUGCAUUCUCUUUCAACAA